GUGCAGGACGACUUGAACUUCACGUUCGUUUUGCAGUACUUGGCAAGCUUCGCGCAUGACCUACCACACCAUCUGGAACUCAAGGCUGCUAAGAGAGCCGUGGCCAUUGACAACGUCGAGACUCAAAUGAUGCCGUCUCCUGUUUCAAAGCUUCAACUGACUUCUCCAUCCCCGAAGGCUUUGGUGAAUGAAUCCGCCAUGGAUGUGGACGAUUCAGAUUUUGGUGAAGAAAAUCCAGAGGAAGAAGACCCAACCCAGGAUGAAUGUGUUGAGCCAAUUGAAUGUCACCCUCCUACAACCUUUGUGCUGGACAGUGGUGAUGAGACAAUUCUGUCUCCUCGAAAAGGGAACCGCCGAGAUCCGGAGUUGCCUGCAGAAGCGAAGAGCACGGCCAUGGUGCUGCAGCCACCUUCUGCGGAGGCAGGCGCCAGUGUUGCCAGCCCAGCUGACUUACUCAAUGAGUCCCAG